AUGUACGGGAAUUGGAGUGAGGAGGGGCUAGCUGCAAGUCGAACUCAGGCACACCUGGCGGUCCUCAUCGUCUUAUAUGUUCUCGUCUCUGUUAUUGGAAUUAUUGGCAAUGUUAGCCUCAUGGCUGCGCUAGCGUCGGGCGGAGCAUCGCGUUUACGAACUCCGCAGUUACUCAGCGCCUGUGCAGCUGAUCUUUUAGUUUGUGCUGCUAGUGCGCCGCUAGCUGCAACACGGGCAGCGCGGUUUCAACACUUGCCUUGCCAUGUGAUGCAUUAUAUUGAGUCAUUUCCAGUAGCGGCCAGCACACUUUCACUGGUUGCAAUGGCCGCUGACAGAUGUGGUGUCAUUAAGCGUGGCCGAGGUUCCGUAUGCGCGAGACCUCUUCUUGCAGUAGCUGUCGUUUGGCUCUCAGCAAUCUUAUUAGGUGGCGUUUCCGUCAUAGCUACGUGCCUGUCGUGCUCACCCCUCGCGGCUGCUCAUGCUGUAGUCACAUUCUGCGUGCCGGUCGUAGCUGUCGCCAGAUGCCACUGGGCUGUCCGCGUUAAACUCACUGCUCUGUCUCUAACAGCGCGAGCGGCUCACGGAGAACUUCCUCUUCCAGUUCCCCUAAUUCGACGACCCACGCACGUAAUUAUCGUCGCUGGAGUUGGCCCCAGGGAACGACGGGACGCAGUGGACGUCGGUGAUGUCAGAGCGAAGAAACUUCAACCGAGUCUCCUCGGACCACAGCCACAAACGUCGACCCUCCGCUCUAGAAGACGACUCGGCAACGUCUUGAUCGGAAUCGCUGCUAUAUUCGCGGCCUGCUGGUGUCCUUUCGCAACUAUAGUCAUAUGCAGCGCCUUUGACUUGAACGUUCCAUUAGUAGUAACUCAAUAUGCGCUACUUCUGGGUCACGCCCACUCCGCUUUGAACGCCGCAGCAUAUUGGGUAUUAAAUCGGCACGCGUUGACGGCGGCGUGCGCUGCCUGGCGGAUUCCGCAAUUGAGGGUUCGAGAAGAAAGACCCUCGUCCACAAACGAAGCUGCGCUGGGUGCCUUCCACCCGCGCCUCGCCCGUCCUGCGCCUUCCCCGCGCCCUCCUCCCUCAAGUUUUCUCUACUGA